UUUGCUCGUAAGCGUGGUUGUUGUUUAUUAUUCCACUGGUAUUGUUUCGAUUUGGAAAAUCCCAGAGUCGGUCUUAAUAGUUCGUUCAUUGAAGCAUGAAUGGGAUAUUCAGCACUAGAACCUGGCCGAUGAGUGUUGUGUUAAUGCAAGGCGGAUUACAAGUCAUUUGGGGCAAUAUCGAACGUAUGACUGUGAAGCACAGCGUGGUUCUUUCCAUUUUGAUUGGGAUUAUCUUCAUCUGUCACUGGGAGAUGUUACCAUGAUGUUCAGGGAUCAUCUUGGCACAUUCCUGGUCGUCUUCGUUGCCUUCAGCCUCAAGGAAGGACUUUCUCUUGAUCUGCGUGGCCCCGGAAUUACAACGAGUCAGAGUUCUACGGCACAAGAUGCCGAAGCCUCGAAUGCUGUGGAUCGAGACACUGGAACCUUGGCUCACACGGGGUAUGCCACCCCAGAGCAACGUACGAACCCAUGGUGGAAAGUGGACCUGGGAGCUGUCUACUGCUUGAGAAAAAUCACUCUGGUUAACAGAAACAGACUGGGCUAGUAUACUCUUCAUAAUUGUUUUUCCUGGAUGAGUGGUCAUGUACCAGUAGUAUCGCACAUUAAUUUUUCCUGGCCUAUCCAUAGUAGGAGCCUCAUGAAAACAUUUGAUCAGAUGACAGAGCAUCCAUACUCUGCAUCCAGUUGUUGAAAAUAUAAAACACAAACAAACAAACAAACAAACAAACAAACAAACAAACAAACAAACAAACACCCCAA